AUGUCAGGUAGCAGUUCGGAGGGGAAGCUCUGCGAACCGCACGGCUGUGCCGCUCCAUUAAACGCUCCGUGGGAGCCACGCUGGGGAGCCGGGCCGGGGGGGCUGCCCGUGGGCUGCUCCGGGGGAGCCCAGCCACCCCCGGCACCCGGGCGCCAAAGGUGCUCGUGUUGCUGCUGCUGUUGUUGCUGCUGCUGGCGUGUUCCAUCCCAACUCCAGCCAGAGCCGGGGCAAGUUGAACCGGAGACGUACGAGCCGCCGCCGCCGCGAUUCGGAGAGACUGGGGAGAGCGGCGGCACCAUGCCUGCCAUCAAGAAGGAGCGACUUGACAGGGAAGAACUGGCCCUGGCGGCCUUCAACCAGCCCAUGGAGACCCUCCCCGACUACCUCGCCCCUCUGGCCGCCGCUGCCAUGCCCGUGGUGGCCCCGCACCCGCCGGCGUACGAGCAGAUCUUCACCCACCGCGCUUACCUGGGCUUCCACGAGAGCCCCCACCCCCCGCACCCCCCCCACCUCCCCGAGGACCUGAUGUUGGAAAGGUUUUCCUCCAUCCCGGAUUUCCAACCUUUCUUUGACAACGGAGAGCCUUGCAUCGAGGUGGAGUGCGGGGAGAACAAGGCGCUGCUCUAUAUCAAUAAGUUGUGCCAAGGGAGUAAAGGACCCUCCAUCCGUUACCGGGGCGAGUGGCUCACCCCAAACGAGUUCCAGUUUGUCAGCGGCAGGGAGACGGCCAAGGACUGGAAGCGAAGCAUCAGGCACAAAGGGAAAAGUUUGAAGACUCUUAUGUCCAAAGGAAUCUUACAGGUACAUCCUCCAAUCUGUGAUUGCCCUGGGUGUCGAAUUUCGUCUCCAGUGAACCGGGGUCGCCUGGCAGAGAAGAGAACCAUCCCCCUGCCCCCAACCAGGAUCCCCAAGAAAGAGCUGACCUCCAUUUUCUCGCAUAGCGACGACAGCGAAGAGAGUGACAAGGGCAAUGGUCAGCACCCCGAAGUAAAGCAGGAAGAGGAUCUCCAUAUCAAUAUCAUGAAAAGAAGGAUACACACCCACUGGGAUUUAAACAUCUCCUUCCGAGAGACUUCUUGCAGCCGUGAUAACGACCUCUCCACUAUCAUCUCCAACCUGCAUCAGAGCCGCCAGCUCGUUAUGCCAGAGACCCAGAGCCGCUGUGAAUUCAAGAGGAACAACGUGGAUGUUGGCUUGGGAGCUGCAGAUGACAUUUUAGGCAAGAGAAGAGUAUGCUCUCCCAACAGCAGCAGUGAGUGCCCAUUAGAGAGCAAGAAAGCCCGAAGUGAGUCCCCAAAGGAAAACUCCCACACGCCUCUGCUGGAGGACUCGGUGACUCAGAUGACCCCAGAGGAGCAUUACAGGCGCAUGAUGUCGGCGCUGAACGAGCACGGCACGUUUGAGGAGCAGCAGCAGCAGCGGCUCUACCAGUUGGCCAACAGCAUGGCGGUGCCCAGCCAUGGAGAUCUCCUCCGGGCUCGGCAGGAGGUGGCGGCGGCGGCGGCUGCGCGGAACCCGGCAGCGAUGGAAGCUCACAUCCCCACUGCUGGCAAUUCAUCCUCGCAGCGCAGGAAGCAGGGCCUCCCCCAGCACCGCGACAGCCACUUCACCGACAGGGAGAUUUCCCACCCACCGCCUCUGCUCUCGCCCCAGAAUGCCCCACAUAUUGCCUUGGGGCCCCACUUGCGACCUCCUUUCCUUGGGGUGCCUUCAGCCCUGUGCCAGACACCAGGUUACGGGUUCCUACAGCCGGCACAAGCAGAGAUGUUUGCACGGCAGCAAGAGAUGCUACGAAAGCAAAAUCUAGCAAGGUUGGAGAUGUCAGCUGAGAUCAUCCGCCAGAAGGAGCUGGAAAACCUUCACAGGCAACGACUGCUGGCAGGAGACCCUCUGAGCCUGCACCCCGGCUUACCCCCAGACCACCCUGCCCUGCGCAACGUGCACGACAUCCCCGAGGGUCACCCGCUGCGGGACGAGCUGUCCCGGCGUAACGCCAUGCUGGUGCUACGGCACAACAACGCUCCCCUGCUGUCCCUCAACCCCAGUGUCCCCAGCAGCUCCACGCCACCCAAGGAACAGCCGCGACGUGGCAGUCGGAAGGCGGCUCAUCACCGCACUGAGCCGCAGGGACCCAGCGAGGCCAAGGAGCCGGCGGAGCCGCGGGCACGGGAUGGGGCACCGGACUGUAAUGAUGAGGAGAUGAAGGACUCGGAGAGCGAUGCUGAUGUCAGUGAUGAGAAACCAGAGAGCUUGAAGGCUGAGAGCAGCGGCUCGACCACGGAGCUGAAGGAGUGUAAAGAGAUGGGCAAAGGGUGCGAGGGGGGCAAGGAGUUGGGAGAAGGGACCGGCAGCCAGAACGUGCCCUGCAGCUCUUCCAGUGCUGAGUCCCCCAGUCACCUGCUUGGUGCUGGCAUCAACAAGAGCGAGGUGAAAUACCUGCCUCCCACCUCCAUCCCGCCACCUCAACCGCUGCCCUUUGGCUUCCCCUACACCAUGAGCCCCUACUUCCAUGCAGGCACUAUGGGAGGUCUCUUUUUGGAUGGUGAGGAGAGCCCAGCACUGGAGGACAUCAGCAAAUGGACAGUGGAGGAUGUGUGCAGCUUCGUGUCCAACCUGGCAGGCUGCACUGAAUACACUCAGGUAUUCCGUGAGCAGGCUAUUGAUGGCGAGACCUUACCCCUGCUGACAGAGGAGCACCUGCUGAACAACAUGGGGCUGAAGCUGGGGCCGGCACUGAAGAUACGCUCACAGGUGGCCAAGCGAGUGGGCAGGGUACUCUACAUGGCUGGCUUCCCCAUGGCUUUCCCUUUGCAGCCUCCAGGGCUGAGACCACCAGAGCGAGACCUUCCCCCAGCUGAGCUGCGACCCUCAUCCACAGGCAGUGUAUCAUCCCCAUUCAACACUGCGCUGCCCUCCGCCAGCCGGAUCUCCCCAAAGCAAGAGAAUGGAAACCCUUCCAUUGGGGCUGGGCUGAGCGACACCACCACCACCAAACCACCAUCCUAACAGCUCCCAGAUGGCUCCAGGAACUGAGGAUGGAUCGAACAAAUGGAAGGGUUGGGAGAGCAGAAGAGCCUCCCUCGGCAGCAUUGAGAUGGAGAAGGAGCGAGGAAGGGAGGGUUUGAUUUGUUCUUGUUAUUAUUUGGGAUGCAUUUUGCUUUUCUUUUUGCUUCAAAGGAGAGAAAAAAAAAAAAAGAACAGUGAAAAACUGUCAAAAAAGGGAAGGAAUAAACUAUCCAAAGAUGUAUUGAGACAAGGCCAAGUGAAGAAGAGAGAAGGGAGGUGGUGCUGGAGGGGCACAGCAGUACCUAUAUUCCCUUCUGGGAAAGCAGAGCUGUGAUUGUUGGGGAUGCUCUUUGCCUUCGAGGAGCUCCAGGCACUGUAAGGGGGUGGAAAGGGAGGGGGAGCUGGCACUGCUCCUCCAUCAGGACUCAGCACCGUUGAGCACAACACCCAUCACAAACAGAACUCAACCCCUUCAGCCUUCUCACGGAUCUCCUCCUCUCCCUUGGAAACUGAGCUCAGUUCCUCCAUUCAGGUGUCUAUGCAUCUCUAGAGAACUUCUUUUUGCAAACAAUACCAAAGACAACGAGUGACAAAAACAAAAAGGCAAGUUGUGGUCCAUGUUUACUCUUGAGUGUGGAUGGUACGGCACAGGCAGUGUGGGGCUGCCCAUGCACACACACACACACACACACACACUGCUGGACUCUGCCCAGCCCUGCAGAGCUGGAUUUGCUUGAGUUAAUAAGGAAGAAAUGAGUGUGUGCUCAUUGGGGGGUCCCACCCCAACUAAGUCAUGCGUACUGCGGACUCAUUUAUAUACCUUUGGGGUUUAUUUUUUGGUUGUUGGUUGGUUUGUAGGAUUCCUGUCCUUUUUCAAAGCCUUGUUACAGAGGUGGCUGUCGUUGCACAUUCAGGCCUGCUGCAGACCAUGAGACAGAGCUCCCUGCAGCAUUAUGGGGGUAGGGGGGGGUUAAAUACAGCAGGCAGAGUUUUGACUACUGUGAAUGCAAUGGUAAUUCCUGGGGGCAACCUCCUGUGACCUGUACAGUUGUGAGCAACAAUCACAACCGAUCACAUUGUGGUACUUUUCUGUCUCUAUUUCUCUCUUUCUGCUCCCCUUUUUGGUUCGGUUGAAACGUUGCACGUGCUGCCAUAUGUUUGGGUUUUUUUCUUCCCCAAUAGCUCGGUGGUACAUUAUUAGCUUCUUUAUAUUGUAAGAAAAGGAAAAAAAAGCAAAAAAAA